AUUGAGAAACAAAUAAAAAAUAAUUAAGAAUCUGGGUUUCAUUUAUUACCCAAAUUUAAAGCUUGAAUUUAUUUAUUUUCAAUUAGGGAAUUGUUUUUUUGUGAAAUAGAGAUUGCUGGAGUUUUCAUAUGAGUGAUAGACGUAAAUAUGUAAGUGGAGGCAAUAACAGAUGCACCAGUAACUGAAAAAAAGUUGAGUCCCUUGCACCACCAACUUUACUCUCAUGGAUUCUGACCAAGAGAGUAAAGGAAGACGAGAUUCAGAUGCCACGUCAGAUGAAAGUGAAACAGGAUCUUCUAAAAGUUCAGAAUAUUCCCAUUCCAUCUCGUCUUCCUCAUCAGAAGGUUCUUCAGAUGAUUACAUCCAAGUAGAUCCAAAAACAAUAUUCACCUCUGUCUCAUCAGGUGUAGCAUCUUCGAAAUCUCAUCCCGAUGCAAAACUUCUAUCUCAAGGUGUAACACGUAAUCAAUUGAAAGAAUCCUCGGAAACAUCUACAAGUUCCACCUCACAGGUUUCAGAUGUCACUCAUGAAUCUGAAUUCUUGACGAUAUCACAAUCUCCUUCUAUACAGGUGAUGGAACGGGAGGCAGGUUUUGAUCCCAAUAGAAUUCCCUCAUCAAUUUUUGGGAGUAAGGAUUCAUCCUCUAAGGAAUGGAGCACUGCUUCUACCGAAUCAUUGUUCAGUAUACACACUACUGGAAAUGGUAGUCCUGCAAGGGAUGAUAUUGUGAUGACUGAUGGAGAUUUCAAACAGUCCAGGAAACGAGACAACUAUGCAGAUGUAGACAAAAAUGAAAAAAAUAGUAAGUCUGAGCUAACUAGUUUUAGGCAGACUUUGCCGAUUACAAAAGGAGGAGAAAAUAAGAAAAAGAUCUAUGAGAAAGAAAGGAAAGUAUAUGUUGUAAACAAACCGUCAGCAACAGGAAGUUCAGAUGAAGCAACAAAGAGAAUAGUCCGUUUUAGAGAGGAAAUGAAAUUAGGGGAGAACAUAAAUUGUUCUACUGCCAUUGGCUACCCUGAUGGAAAUGUAUGUUUUAGGGACCCUUGCAGUGUUGUUCGCCUUUCUGAUGGGAAUGGCACGUGUUCUGCCUCUCCAAUGUGA